AUGGCAGGUACAAUCACCCCGUUCCCUCUCGACGACUCUCCCUCAGCCAGGCCCUCUUCUCCACGGCGCUCUCUCUCUCUCCAACCCGUACUCCGUCUGUUUGACCGUGAGGAUUCUCUCGGGAUGCAGCCGCGCACCGCGCGCCCAGCCAGCGUCUCUGCCCGCCCAUCUACUUCGCCCUCAGAGCCCAAGCCGUUCCUCACGCUCAAGCUGAGCAGCCCAUCGUUCCUAGACACCGUGAUCAAGGAUGAUGGGACGAAGGAGCCACUCUACAUUGUUCAGACCGCAGGCGAGCUCACUUCCGUACACCGUCUCGAUAAGGUGCGCCGAGUAGCCACCAGAGCGGCCGCUGUCCAGUGGCCACCGAACAUCAUAGAUGUGGCGAAGACGAAGGGAAAGGGUAGGUCGGGAAAGAGCAUCCAGCUCGCGGGCUCCUGGCGCGAUGCUGAGGAUUUCCUCAGGUUAGGGCCAUUAGGCAACCUGACGAGCCGCAAAUUUACGAUUCCUCAAUGUCCACACUCACUCAAGUGGAAGUUCUUCCCAGGAAACUCCUACUUUUGCACGACCUCGGGCGUGAAGGGCCCCGUCGCGGUGCUGGACCCGUCCGUCAAAGGAUCGGCGCCACGGCUGCACAUCUACCAGACGCUCCUGCCAGCGUCGGCGCCCACGGGAGCGGGCGGAGUGCCGCUGGUGGUGGUGGACCACCUGGUGCUGACGGCGCUGCUGCUGUCGACGUCGACGCAGGAAUGGCUGGACCGGCAGCCGGGUGCGCCGCUGCCUGGGGAGUCGCACCCGAUCGUGCAGCGCUGGCUGGAGAUAAUCCGCUCACCGCCCGGUCCCGCAUCGCCGUCGAGUUCUGCGCUCUCGUCUGGUUCAGGCUCCGGUUCGACGCGCUCGAGCUCGGGAAUGUCCCCUGGUGUGGGGUCCACGCCGACGCUGGGUACCCUCGCCGAGGCAGAGCGGGAGGAGCAGACGAGUCCGGUGGUGCCGUUCCCGUUGUCGCCGUCUGAGAUGGGCUCGAGCUCGGGGUCGGGGUCUAACUCGAAUUCGAAUUCCAACCACUCGAACACGCACGCGCAUUCGAAGUCGCGGUCGAGCUUCGAGCGAGUGCUGCCAGAGACGCCGCUGCCGCAGUACGACUUUAGCCUGGCGCCGUACGAUCUGCCGCCACCACUGCCGCCGCCGCCGCCGCCGUCGCCGCCCUCAGGGGCAACGUCGCGGUUCGUGAUCGCGAACCCGAGCCGGCCGUGUUCUCCUCUGUCGGACGGGCGUUCUCCGUCUCCGCCCACGCCGUACUACUCGUUCGCGGAUCCGUACUACGCGUCGUCGUCGUCCAAGCACCCGUACUCUUCCUGGUCCCCGCAGUCGUACUCGUCCGCGCCAUCGUCGGUAUCCUCGCCCACGAGCCCUGGGCCGCGACGGCUCCCCACACCACCCGUGCCGGCAGUCGCGAGUGCGUACCCGUUCCCGCCCAGUGUAAGCGGGUUGGUGCCUCGCGCGGGCGCCACUUCUCCCACCCCCACGCUCUCCCGCGUCCUGCUUCACAGCCAGCUGCCUCCGCCCGCACCGCCGCCCCCACAGGACCUGCCUCUCCCGCCAAAACUCCCACCACCCCCCUCCUCGCUACCAGGCUCUUCUAUGCACCCACACCCGCUCCCUCGCAUACCGAUCGACACGCCCUUACCGUACGCUGCUCACCCCCGCACGUUCUCGCUGCCCCCGAUGCCGUCGUACCCGCCGCCAGCGCGGCCCGACGGGUCUGCUUCGCCAUCCCCUGAGAAGCGCGGUGCACGGUCUCGCUCGCGGCCGCUCCCCGACCCCAACGAUCUCGCUCUGCGCGCAAUGGCUAUAUCGGACGGUGCGUCGGUGCCCGGCCACUUGCAGGCCAUCACGAACGGCCCGCAUGUCGACGCAGGACGCGUGCGUGUACCCUAUGGAGUGCCCGCGGCGUAUAGCCCUGAGAGCGCCGAGGUGCGCGACGGAGAAGCGGCGGAGGACCACCUGCCCCCGCCGGCGUAUGAUGCGAUUGAUUUUGGACGCAGAACGGGCAUGCGGCGGCGAUAG